AUGUGCAGCAAGCAGCGACAUGCGUUUUGGAUGCGGAGAGCUUCCGUCAGCAGCAUGAUCCACGCCUUCGUCAGCCAUAAACUCUUCAUUGGCGUGCUUCCUGUGUGUUUCGCAUGGGUGUGCUGCUUUCGCUGUAGGGUUGCCAUGGGCAAUAACCUCGCUCGUGUUGUCUUCCAGCCUCCUCAAGCUUCGUAUGGCAAAGAUCCAAACCUCUUUUGGCUGACGACUUCCAGAGAGGAGGUCAUUCCCGCCUUCUAUGUCCGGCGGCAAGAUGCCAGUUUCACCUUGCUCUUCAGCCACGGCAAUGCCGAAGACUUGGGGCUGAUCAUCCGGUACUUUCGAGAGCUGAGUCACAUCUUACAUGUCAACGUGUUUUCCUACGAGUAUACAGGGUACGGCAUGAGCACUGGCCAGCCACAGGAGGCAGCGGUGUACGCGGAUAUCGAAGCUGCCUUCAAGUACUUGAGGGAUGAGCUUCGCAUUCCUUGGACACAGAUUGUGCCUUACGGCCGAUCGAUUGGAACAGCGCCUUCCAUCCAUUUGGCCACGCAGACCCCGGUUCGCGGCGUGAUACUGCAGAGCCCAAUGGUGUCAAUCUACAGAAUACCAUUCCGCUUGCGCUUCACGCUUCCGGGAGACGUCUUCACAAACAUUGACAAAAUCGGCAAUGUGUGCUCUCCGGUGUUCAUCAUCCAUGGCACCAGGGAUGAGAUCGUCCCGGUCUGGCAUGGUCAGGCCCUGUACCAGACGUGUGUUAAAAAGGGCAUUGCUUACGAUGCCUUUGUCAUCGAGGGUGCAGACCACAACAAUCUGGAGAUGCAGGCUGGCGAUGCUUUCUACGAUAGGCUUUCGCGCGGCUGGCGUGCUUCAAACUUGGACAGCUUUCAGCUCCAGCGUGGCAGGCGCUUUCUAGAGCAUUUGAAGCGCACGCCGAUCUCCGAAAAGUUGCAGCGGAACCAAUCGAAGAUCUUAACGGCCCUUCAACAGGGUGCGGUAGCAGAGAUGCGAGUCGCGCAUUUCCAGCAUGCUGGGGUUGAUGCGGCUAGUGUGAUCCGGGACACGGAGCUGCAUGCUGGCGGCAGUCGAAACCCUUCCGCGUCCAGCGAUUGGCCUGAGCGGGCCAAGGAUGUGAAAGUGGCGAAAGGCUCAGAAAUAGACUUUGGCACUGCAGAGAUCAUUGGUGAGGUCUUGGCCGAGCAGUCCUCUUGGCUACAAAGCGAGCGGCUGCGGCCCCCGUCGCUUGGCUUUGCACGAGCACGAGAGAGGGACCCGGAGCGAAGUCUACAAGCUGCUUUCUCAGGGACCCUCGGAGAGCAAAGCAACCACGGCGCGGAGCACGGAUCCAACAAGUCUUCGGUAAACUUCUGCGAGCGCAUCGCCGUGUUUGUCGUGGUCUUCCUGUUUCUGUUGCUUUGCUCCGCCUGGCUGCGAUUGCCAGACACACGGCCAGUCUUGAUGUGUUCGCCAGCGAGUGCCCUCAUAGUCUAUUCCCGUCACUGCAAGACACGUGGCGGCGUGGUAAAGGUGGGAAGGAAGUGUGAAGGCUCCUCGAGCUCUGGAGUGCCGACUGAGGCAGUCGUCGGACCUAUUGCAGGAAUUUGCAGACUGGGCUUGGUCCUCAGAGACUUGCGCCAGAAAAGAGAAAGCCAGAGCCGAGCCUCGGAAAGCCUCGAGGCGCAAGACGGCCAGGCUUCGGAGGCCUGGCUGGGCAUUGCAUUUGGGGACGUGCGUCGAAAGAUGGAGCCCCGUUUUGUCAGGAGGACGUUUGUCAAGACGAUGAAUGAGAACCUCACAAGGCCGGUGGAAGGUUGCCGAUGUGACAGCCCUGGCCAUCGCUGCAAGAUUCUGCCAGGUCACAAGUCCUGA